UCUGGACUUCGAGGUGAUUGGCCAUUCUGCGAAAAGUAUGGAAAAGUCCAGGUUCUAAGAGGAAAGCCCGGAGAAAGUCAAGCUUCCUACUAGCUAAGGGAGAAGGUUUCUCUCAAAGGCAGUGCUGCAGUUCUUCAUGAACAGACCUCAAUUGCGCCCAAACCCCCGCGCCCAUCGGCAUCGCACGGCUCAAACAGCGGUUUGUCAACCUCCCCAAACCUUCCAAUUCGACGCCCUCCAUCACCGCCCCACCCACGCGGACCCGGAGCCCAUGGACACGCUGAAGCGAAAGGCGGCCGGAGAGGAGGCCUCGCAGAAGAAGGCGGCACUGCCGGUGCAUAUGGACAUGGUUGAAGCUGAAGGAGAGGAUGAUGUUCCAUACAGCUGCUCGUUGCAUGUGCUGUAUUGCGAACAGCCAAAUGAGUCAAUCAUGGAAGCCAGCUGGAAGAUGUGCCUCAUCGACAAGCUUCAGGAUUCAGGCAUCAACGCCGCCGAUCUGAAGAAGUUGAAGGAUGCCGGCUACAACACCAGCCAGUCCGUGGCCUUCACCAUGCGCAAGGAGCUGCUGAGCAUCAAAGGCCUUUCAGAUCAGAAGGUGGAUAAGAUCAUCGAGGCCGCCCGGAAGACCAGCGAGGUGGGCUUCAUCACUUGCUCCCAGUUGGUGAGCAAGAUGAAAAAUCGAUUUCAGAUCGCCACGGGCGCCGGGAAGUUCGAUCAGAUGCUGGGCGGCGGCAUCGAGAGUUGCUCCAUCACGGAGGUCUUCGGAGAAUUCAGGUGUGGCAAGACACAGCUUUGCCACUCCCUCUCGGUGAUGGCGCAACUGCCCAACAACAUGGGUGGAGCCAAUGGCAAGGUGGUCUACAUCGACACGGAGGGCACCUUCCGCCCCGAGCGCCUCCGGCAGAUCGCGGAGGCCAAGGGCGUGAGCGCCGAGGCAGCCAUGGAGAAUAUCAUCUACGCCAGAUGCUACACCUCGGAUCAUUUGGAGCACUUGUUGCAGGAAGCGGCCAGUUUGAUGGUGAACGAUGAAGAUCGUUUCGCCCUGCUGGUGGUGGAUUCCAUCAUGGGUGGCUUUCGAGUGGACUACUCGGGCCGUGGUGAGCUGGCGGAUCGUCAGCAGAAGCUGGCGCGCGUGAUGAACAAGCUGCAGAAGGUCAGUGAGGAGUUCAAUGUGGCAGUGCUGCUCUCCAAUCAAGUGAUGGCAGAUCCUGGUGGCGGUUGCGCCUUCAUGCCCAGCUAUCCGAAGCCCGUGGGUGGACACAUCUUGGCGCAUUUCUCCACCACACGCGUGAUGUUACGCAAGGGUCGCGGAGAUCAACGUGUGGCCAAGAUCUACGACUCUCCCUGCCUGCCAGAGAGCGAGAGCGUCUUCGAGAUCUACAACGGCGGAGUCCGUAACGGUGGCGAUUGACCUUGUUGACGGAUGCGGCCGAUGGCGAUGGGAAUGAGCUGCCAGGGCCGACAUCACAGGGAUCACGUGAGAGGCUUGCAUGCUGGGUUGGCGAGCUUUUCCGCCGUUCCCUUUCACAACAGAUUUGGUGGAGCUGCACACUUUGUGCAUUUGCUUGGCUAUGUCAGCAUUGCCAAGUCUUUCCACUUGGCGGCCCCUGCGACUUCUUGCCCAAGUCUUCGGGUGAAGCGUUUUUGGGAGUAUCAAACAGGCAUCCAAGCUUCACCAAGCCUGACAAGCACAACAGACAGCCGCUAAGUCAACUUAGAGGUGGAGACCGAGUGCUGACGAAUGGGAG